UCCGCAGAGAAUGUCAAUCGCAGAUCGAAAGACUCAUCGAACAAAUUUAACAAGAUCACAAAGAAGAGCAUGAAUGCGGCAUUCAUACCCGUUUCUGAAGAUGCAUCUGAAGCAUCUAAGGAUUCAGAGAGUUCUGCACCGAUCUCUGAGAUCUCACACGCGGAUGGCGAUGGAGAACUUACAGAGACCUGGAUUGAACAAGCAUCCUCCGUGAAUUUGCUUCGAUCUGAUAUGACACCUUCAGAGAAGAUAACCGAUGUUGAAGAAAAAGGUUUAGUGAACUGUUUAGGUGCCUCUGAGUUUGUUAGUCCUAAAUUUGCCUCUGUGGAGGCAGAGAUUGUCGAGAAUUUUCUCAGAAAAGCUCAAUCUGAAGUAUUCAAUUCGCUUAGUGCUUCACCUCAUUAUAGGAAGCUCAUUAACGAGAUAAUUAACUAUGUCUUGGAAGAGCUACAUACUGUACCGGAGGAGAAAGAUCGCGUUGCUGAAGUCGUUUCUGCCAAAAAUCGAAUCAUGUUUCUAUUUCUCUUGUUAUGGAUUAUUGGAGUAUCAGCGGUGAUUUUCCUGACUUCAGAUAGUCAUUGCUCUUUCGGUGGACCAUUGCCUACUUAAUUCAGGUCAAGAGAUGUACUUGAAUUGAAGGGUACGGUGGUUUCUAUUAUUGAUGAUAGCUGGGAAGUGUGGGAACUGAAUAAAGAAGUGGAGCUUUCAUGCUGUGCAGUGGUGCUGCAGUAUGCAAGAAUGACGGGUAAGAUAUUCUGCUCUUUCAUAUUAAUCGCCAAUUUUACCUCAAAGAGAACACUGAAGUUAGAUAUUUUCCAAAUAUGUUCACUGUUUCCUUUACCUGUUCUCGUAGUAAAAAACAUACCAUGCAAAAAAGCAAAG